AUGUACCUUUCCCACGUUAAUAUAUAAUUAUGGAAGUGCCAUAAUGGUGUUUUGUUAUAAAAUUAUUACAGAGUCACCACGUCGCUCGCACUGUGUGUCUCCAAGGAAGGCUUCACCGCGACGAAUUUCUUACAUUAACAGUACGACAUCAGAUCUCAUUGGAACAUUGGAUUAUGACGCUACAAAUGCGUCCAACAGCGAUGUCCUCGAUUCGAUUCCUGAACGAGACAUCAAACUGCUGCAAGCGCUGGCCCGUAAGAGAGAAGAGAAUCAGGAAAGGGAGAAGCUGGCGGAGUACUUCCAGAAGAUGUGGCUGAAGGAAAAGGAAGAGAGGGAACUUGUGGAAGCAGAAACAUCAGAACAAUACAAACGGUAUCUACACGAGAAGAGAGCGCAAGAGCGGAGCAUGAACGAGUACAGAACGUUCCAGAAGAUGGCGGAACAGCAGGCGAGGCGGGGACAGUUGUUGGACUGCAUCAGGUAUAAGGAGCAGAGGAGCGCAGACUUGAGGGCUUGGAAGGAAGAUAAGAAGAUAUCAAAACUAAUAGACAAAGCAAUGGAAGAAGAAGCGCGCAUACAGCUAGCAAUGGAGCGGCGUUGCCGGCUCGAUGCCGCGGAUACGUUGCGGCGCCGCAUCGAGCUGCUGCACGCGCAGAGGAAGGAGGACGAUGCGCGGCAACGUCGCUGUGCCAUCUUAAGAGAUGCUUCUAAGCGUGUAGCCAUAACAAACGCUCUCAGCAGCUGGGAGACAUCGCUCCAACGGCACGAACUUGCAGCGCAAGACGCGGCGAAGCGCGCAAUGUUCGCGACGCAGCACGCGAUAAAACGCGCAAGAAGCGGGAGAGUGACGCGUGCUAUGGAUAGAAGGCGCGCGAGAGCGAGACGGAUAGCUGCUGUCACUGAGCUCAUGCGAGAUGUUGUUAGGAAUAAUUAUUAGUUUGGAAGGGGACUAGGAUAUAAAAAAAAUCUAAUGUAACUCUGGCUGGUAAAAUACGAUAAUUAAAAAAAAAACAAUGUCAAUAAAAUGAACACUGGCUGGUAGAAAAAAAAUAUUCGAGCUGAAUAGAACUAGAAUGUUCGAUGUUCACGACGCAACAUGCGAUCAAACGCGUGCGGAGCGGGCGAGCGACGCGCGCUAUCGACAGGCGGCGCGCGAGAGCGAGACAGAUAGCUACUGUCACUGAGCCUAUACCCAAUGUUGUUGGAAAAAUUAAAAA